GGCUGCGGGUCUGCUUUCCAUCGCUCGUCUCGGCCUCCAGCAACGUCCUCUGCUCCAUCUCGAUAUCGCCACCACUCCCAGCCAUGUCCACAGCCGCCGCACCAGCCGCCGCCGCCGCCGCCGCUACCGGCGCCCCCGCAAAGCCCAUCCAGGUCAAGCUCGUCCUGCUCGGCGAGGCCGCCGUCGGCAAGUCGUCGUUGGUCCUGCGAUUCGUCAACAACGAGUUCCAGGAAAACAAGGAGCCCACCAUCGGCGCCGCCUUCCUGACUCAGAAAUGCAAGCUCGACGACAAGAUCAUCAAGUUUGAGAUCUGGGACACUGCCGGCCAGGAGCGCUUCCACUCGCUCGCGCCCAUGUACUAUCGCAACGCUCAGGCCGCCAUCGUCGUCUAUGAUAUCACCAAAGCCGCAUCGCUCGAAAAGGCAAAGUCAUGGGUGAAGGAGCUCCAGCGCCAGGCCAACCCCAACAUUGUGAUCGCCCUGGUCGGCAACAAGCUCGACCUGGAAGCCAGCCGCACCGUCAGCUUCGAGGAGGCCCAAGCCUACGCCGAAGAGUCCGGCCUGCUCUUUGCCGAAGCCAGUGCCAAAUCGGGAGACAAGGUCGUCGAAGUCUUCACUAACAUCGCCAAGCAAAUCCCUCUCGACCAUCUGCUGGCUUCCCGCUCUCGCCCGGGCGGUGCAAGCUCUGGUGCUCCUGCUGGCGGUAGUGCAAGCGCCUCUGCCGACGGCCGGGUCAAUCUCACAAAUCCCACCACUCCGCCGGCUGCCGGCUGCAGCUGCUAAAGAGCCACACGCAAUCAUUUUUGUUCCCGCUUUCACCUUCCACCACCCCUUUCCAGCCUCCCUUGUUUGGUCGUAAUAUAUCAUAACUGCCAAUUGA